AUGGUCGUCCGUUAUUGGAGAAAAUCAGCCCUUAUCGCUGCAAUCGUUUUUUUCUCAUUCUUUUUUUCACUCUACUACUUGCCGUCUAGUGACGACAGCUUCUUCAGGUCUGGACGAUUAUUCAGAAGUGACAGAAGUCGUUUCUUGGCUCAGGUCCGACAGCACGAAUUUGAAUUAGGAAAACUCCAAUUCGUUGGAGAAAAAGCAAAGGUGGAAGAUGGAUCUAACAUCAGCUCUGAUGAGCGCUGUCAAUUCAUAAUUAAUGUAUAA